AUCCGAGGUCGCAUUGUCUCCCCACUUUGCCUCCCUCUCAGCCUGACCCCAUUCAUCUUCGCCACGAUGCCUAAUAACAGCUCUCAAACCAGUUCGUCUUCUAAUGACACUGGCAGAGAUUAUACAUAUACCAGUUCGGGUACCAACAGUCAGGGAAACCAUUACUGCAGCCGUGACUAUGGCAGUGGUGGUUCUGGAUAUCACUAUUCCAACACGGAUGGAGGAUACUACUACAGCAACCCCAAUGGUUCAACAUACUAUAACAGCGGGAGUGGUUACUCUCAGUACACUGCGCCAAAUGGAAAUGUCCACAGGUCCGGCAAAUAAAUAAGCACAGGCUUUCUUCUUGAAGUGAAACAUGAAUUUGUAGCUCGUGUGUUCAAUGAAUGUAGUACAAGUGGUGAUAAUUAGCACAUGAUCCAACAACAUAAGUAAGAUAAGCCUGGAAGAUAUCAUCAACAUUAUCAGUCUGGUCAGUUCGCGGAGGAUGAGUAUAUGAUUGUGAUACUCGAGUAUGAGAUCAUGGAACGCUUCACCCCGGUGAAGUUCUGGAAGGCUAGGAGAGAAAAUAGUUUGUCUUCUUUUUGGAAGUGGACUAGCUGCUUCAUUUCCUAUGUCUGAGAAUUGGUCCAUGGAGGUCAUUGAUGGGAUAAGGUGGAUGUGAUAGAACCGCACAAUUUAUCAUAUUGUCCAUGAGAAGCACAAGUAGGCUUCGAUUUCUGAUUCGAUUGAGUAAUUAUCCGCUGUGUGAAGUGCAUCAGAAGCGGGACAUUAAACUGGACAUUUGCCACGCGCCGAGCCAGAGCCUUGGUCAAUCAAUUAUGCAUGAGGC